UGAAUCUACUCUACUGCGUCAUUCUGGUGUCGCAGCAUUACGUUUUUUACGUAACUACGUCACUCCGCUGCCCAGCCCUUCUUCUGUGUCUCUGCUCGGCUCCAGCUCCAGACUACAGACAUCAUGGCGUCCUUAUCAAUGGCCCCGAUGAACAUCUUCCGUCAUGGAGCUGAUGAAGAGAAAGCCGAGACUGCACGACUGUCGUCCUUCAUCGGCGCCAUCGCUAUCGGAGAUCUGGUGAAGAGCACAUUGGGCCCAAAAGGGAUGGACAAGAUCCUGCUGGGUGGAGGGAAAGGCGGUUCGGUGACAGUGACCAACGACGGAGCGACCAUCCUGAAAGCCAUCGGAGUCGACAACCCUGCUGCUAAAGUUCUGGUUGACAUGUCAAAGGUUCAGGAUGAUGAGGUUGGAGACGGGACGACCUCUGUCACUGUGCUCGCUGCAGAGCUGCUGCGGGAGGCCGAGCUGCUGAUCGCCAAAAAGAUUCACCCACAGACCAUCAUCGCUGGCUGGAGGAAGGCCACUCAGGCUGCCAGAGAGGCUCUGAGGGAGGCCGCUGUGGAUCACAGCAACGACCCGGCCCGUUUCCAGGAAGACCUGCUGAACAUCGCUCGGACAACGCUGUCCUCCAAACUGCUGACUCACCACAAAGCCCACUUCUCCCAGCUCGCCGUGGACGCCGUCAUGAGGCUGAAGGGCUCCGGCAACCUGGAGGCCAUUCACGUCAUCAAGAAGCUGGGCGGCAGCCUCACCGACUCCUACCUGGACGAAGGUUUCCUGUUGGACAAGAAGAUCGGAGUGAACCAACCGAAGAGGAUGGAGAACGUUAAGAUCCUCAUCGCCAACACGGGCAUGGACACCGACAAGAUCAAGAUCUUUGGCUCCAGGGUUCGCGUCGACUCAACGGCGAAGGUUGCAGAGAUCGAAUUGGCGGAGAAAGAGAAGAUGAAGGAGAAGGUCGACCGCAUCCUGAAACACGGAAUCAACUGCUUCAUCAACAGACAGUUGAUCUAUAACUACCCAGAGCAGCUGUUUGCUCAGGCCGGCGUCAUGGCCAUCGAGCACGCUGACUUCGCCGGCGUGGAGCGCCUCGCUCUGGUCACCGGAGGCGAGAUCAGCUCCACCUUCGACCACCCCGAGCUGGUGAAACUGGGUCGCUGCAAGCUGAUUGAGGAGGUGAUGAUCGGAGAGGACAUGCUCAUCCACUUCUCUGGCGUCGCCAUGGGUGAGGCGUGCACCAUCGUCCUGCGAGGAGCAACUCAGCAGAUUCUGGACGAGGCGGAGCGCUCGCUGCACGAUGCUCUGUGUGUGUUGGCUCAGACGGUGAAGGAGCCCCGCACCGUCUACGGAGGAGGCUGCUCUGAGAUGCUGAUGGCCAAGGUGGUGAGUGAUCUGGCCAAUAGGACGCCAGGAAAGGAGGCGGUCGCCAUGGAGUCGUUCGCCAAGGCUCUGAGGAUGCUGCCGACCAUCAUCGCCGACAACGCCGGCUACGACAGCGCCGACCUGGUGGCUCAACUGAGAGCUGCUCACCAGGAGAACAAGACCUUCUGUGGACUGAACAUGAUUGACGGUUCGGUGAGCAACAUGGCGGAGAUGGGGAUCACAGAGUCGUUCCAGGUGAAGCGUCAGGUUCUGCUGAGCGCCUCUGAAGCCGCCGAGAUGAUCCUGAGAGUCGACAACAUCAUCAAAGCUGCUCCCAGGAAGAGAGUUCCCGACCAUCACCCCUGCUAGACGAGGAAGAGGAGGAGGAGGAGGAUGAAGAUGACGACUGGGGGAGGGAUCAGUUUUGUUAUUUAUCGCCUCUGUGUAGUUCAGAUUUAAAGAAACGCUCCGCUGUUUGUUUUUUUUCGCUGUUAAACUCUGACUGUAAUAGAACUGCACAGACAGAACGUCAGUCUGGACGUUUGUUUGUUUUUGUUUACUGAAAAUAAAAGAAUCAAAUCCUCAUCAGCA